AUGAAUAGUGAUAAGAUUAAAGUUCCCGCCAAUUCUAUUGGACUUAUAAUAGGCAAAGGAGGGGUCAAUCUUGAGGACAUUCGAAGGCGCUCCGGUGCUAGAUGUAAAAUAAACGGGAAUGACAUCGUUGUGACUGGUUCGAAUGAUGCCCGUCGCAUCGCCAAAAACUUGAUCGAUGAUUGUGUUCAUAAUUCCGCCGUCGUUUACAAUCAUCCUAUUGAAGCGAUUAUUGCACUUCGACCGCCAUUGGUUGGACUCAAGAGUGUAUCGUUUGUAAAGUAUGCAGGAAAUGUGGAUAUGAAUAAUGUCAAUAAGGCGCUAUUUGUUUUAGAUGAGGGAGAGGAGUUUGACAAAGAUGAUGAACUUGAUGAGGUCUCUUCACACAUGGAAAAUCUGAACCUUGAUGUUAGCAUCAUUGUCGCCCCUAAAGAAGAUAAACCCUUGGUGGAGCUUAUCACCGAACGACUCAUUAAACACAUCACCGACCCCAGUAACAAGCAUCGUGACUUCAAGAUCACGGUGAAUAUUGGCAAACAGCUUUUUUAUCCCGCAAAAAAGGAUAGUUUGUUGCUCCCACCUUCGGUCUCUCUUGCCCACCUCCUUAAAUACAAGAUUGGUUAUAAACGUGACGUCAAGGUUAUUUUCAUGAAUCAUAUUUCUUUUGACAUAGCAAAGAUAAUCGAAAGACGUCUUGUUAAACUGGGGUACAAGAAAAACGAUGAUGAAAUUGUCCAGAGAGCUUCUAUCCAUCUUAUUGAUGCCAGUGCGAAAAAACGCUUUACCAUCUCCACUGACAUCACGUCAGAAGGCGCCCUCAGGAUUCGUAAAUACAGUACUGAAAACACAAAACACCUAUUCCUAUCCUUUACUAGAUCGAAAUCCGAUUUGGAUUUUCGAUUCAGAUUCCUUUCCAAAGAUCCACACAUAAAAAAAAUACCUUCCAAUCUCAUCAACAUAAUCAACGAAGCCACUUGUGAUCUCGAUGCCAGGACUAUACAUUUGAAGAAUACUGUCGACUUCACCUUCACGACUAUCCGUAUCAAGACUAAGCGUAAAUUUUUAAACAGCAAGGGUGAAUUUUCUAAUGGUAGACUUAAGGUGACGAUUUCGGAGGUACAAGAGAAGGGGAAAAAAGAUGUGCAAGUGUCUGUGACUAGUGAUGCAUUUCAUGAGAUUUUGGAAAAGAUAAAGGAUAAAUCAGAUGAAGCAUUGGAAUUAGAAUGUAAGGAAGAAGCGGAGAAGUUCGUUAACGAAAUGUAUAGGCUUGUGGAUGGAUUACAAUACGAUUUCACCGGUGAAAAUUAG